AUGUUGGACGGGAGUGCUCGACAGCACAUUGGCAUUCGCGAUGCCGUCGGCGAAGAUGUGGAUUGCAUCGCGAACCUCGGGGCCCACGUGUUCAGCACGACGUUCGGACACUCCGUCCCAGCUCAUGAGCUCCAAGCAUACCUGGACGAGUCCUACAGCGCAACGGCGAUAAGGCAAGAUGUUGGACAUCCCAAUAAGAACAUGAUCGUCGCCACCACUCCGGACAAUGCGAUUGUCGGGUUCGCUCUCCUCACUCGCGGGACGAGUGAGCCGUGCAUCGACUAUAUUGACAAUAAGGUGGAAUUGCAGCGCAUUUACGUGCAUCUUGACCACCACGGACUUGGGAUUGGGAAGGCCCUGGUAGGUAGGAUUGAAGACAUGGCUCGAGAACAAGGAUUCAAGCAUAUAUGGCUCGGGGUUUGGGAAGAAAACUUGAAAGCUCGACGGGUCUACGAGAAGUUGGGAUAUACUUUCGCUGGUGACCAUGACUUCACUAUUGGAGAGGUCGUGCAGACAGAUCAUAUCAUGAUCAAACCGCUAUAA